CUUAUUUAUGCAAACUUCAUCUUGUGAAAUAUGAGAAUUCUUUGAUUAGCUAAUACUCAACCCCAAACAAUAAAGUUGGUGUAACCAUCACUAGUAAAGAAAAAUUUCCUUCAAGUCUCCACUAGAAGAUUAAACAUUGUUGAAGUGAGUAAUUAACUCAUAGCAGAGUAUGAGUGUGAUCAGCUGCCUUAUCAUUUUCACCUGAAGAUAUAUUUUUGCUAAAUUUCUGUGUUUGUCUAACCAUUUUAAAACUUAUGAUCACAUAAUCUAGUAGAUGGAGCUAGACUUGCAAUCUUGUGCUCGACUGCUCAAUUCUGUUAACAGCAACAAAUCUCUUCCACAAGGGAAGCAACUCCACCUCGUUUUCCUCAAAAGGGGUAUCCUUAACUCUGCUCUAACAAUAGCCAAUCGCCUUCUUCAAAUGUACACUAGGUGUGGACAAAUGGCUGAUGCAGAGUUACUGUUCGAUGAAAUGUCUCAGAGAAACUGCUUCACUUGGAAUACCAUGAUUGAAGGGUAUAUGAAAUGGGGGAAGAUAAACAAUUCUUUGGACUUGUUUCGUUUAAUGCCUUCCAAGAAUGAAUUUUCUUGGAAUGUGGUCAUUCUUGGUCUUGUUAAAGCAGAGGAGUUGGGUGUUGCUAGAAGACUAUUGAGUGAAAUGCCACGGAAGAAUGAAGUAGUUUGGAAUGGACUUAUUCAUGGGUAUGCGAAAAUGGGAUUCCCUGGAGUGGCUUUAUGCUUGUUUAAGGAGUUUAUAGACUGGGAUUUUCGUGAGACGGGUGGUGCAUCACAUAUAGAUUCGUUUGUUUUGGCAACUGCAUUAGGAGCUUGUGCUGACACAAGAAGUGUUGAUUUGGGGAAGCAAAUUCAUGCUCGUAUUAUAGUCGACGAAGUUGAAGUUGAUUCUGUGUUGGCAAGUUCUUUAGUUAACAUGUAUGGAAAGGGUGGUGAUUUGGAUAAUGCGAGCUAUAUUUUGAAUAGAAUGCAGAAUCCUGAUAACUUUUCCUUGUCAGCACUUAUUUCAGCAUAUUCAAACUGUGGUCGAAUGGAUGAUGCUAGAAAGAUAUUCAACCUGAUAACUGAUCCUUGUGUUGUACUAUGGAACUCCAUGAUUUCUGGGUAUGUGUCAUGCGAUGAAGUGUUAGAAGCAUUAUUGCUUUUUGAGGAGAUGCACAAAGAAGGAGUUAUAGGGGAUUCCUCUACAUUAGCUAGUGUAUUGAAUGCCUGUGCUAGUGCACACGCCCUUAAAAAUUGUUUGCAAGUGCAUGUUUAUGGUUUUAAGCUUGGACUGUUGGAUGACCUUGUCAUUGCUAGUGCGCUCAUUGACACAUAUGCUAAAUGUGGAUGUCCUGAUGAAGCUUCCAAAGUUUUUAAUGAACUCAAAACACAUGAUACCAUCUUGCUAAAUUCUAUGAUUACCAUAUAUUUCAACUGCAACAGAAUUGAAGAUGCGAGGCAAUUAUUUGAGUCAAUGCCCUACAAGAGCUUAAUAUCUUGGAACUCUAUGAUAAUUGGUCUUAAUCAAUAUGGUUGUCCAGUUGAAGCACUGGAUCUUUUCUACAGGAUGAAUAGGAUGGAUUUUAGGAUGGACAAAUUUAGCUUUUCAAGUGUCAUCAGUGCCUGUGCAAGCAUUGCUUCAGUUGAACUUGGUGAACAGAUUUUUGCAAGAGCUGUUAUCAUCGGGAUUGAUUGUGAUCAAAUAAUUUCUACCUCCUUAAUUGAUUUCUACUGCAAGUGUGGUUUUGUUAGUGAUGCCAGGAAGCUCUUUGACCAAGUGAUGAAAUCCGACGAGGUUUCGUGGAAUUCUAUGUUGAUGGGUUAUGCUACAAAUGGUUACGGAAAUGAAGCUUUGAAUCUAUUCCACGAAAUGAGAAGUGCGGGUGUUUCGCCAACAAAUAUCACAUUUAUUGGUGUCUUAUCUGCCUGUGAUCAUUGUGGUUUACUAGAAGAGGGAAAAAGGUGGUUUAAUUCAAUGAAUUACGAUUAUCACGUUGAUCCAGGGAUUGAACAUUACUCCUGUAUGGUAGAUCUUUAUGCAAGAGCAGGAUGUCUUGAAGAAGCUGUGAACCUCAUCGAAAAGAUGCCAUUUGAGGCAGAUUCAAGCAUGUGGUUAUCCAUUUUGAGAGGAUGUGUAGCUCAUGGUAACAAGAUACUAGGACAGCUCGUGGCCCAACGCAUUAUAGAGCUUGAUCCUGAGAAUUCAGGUGCUUUCGUGCAGUUAUCAAACAUAUUUGCUACUUCUGAGGACUGGGAAAGAUCUGCUUUGGUCAGGAGGCUGAUGAUAGAAAAGAAAAUCCAUAAAAGUUCUGGUCGAAGCUGGAGUGAUAUGUAAGACAAAAGUGCAGUACAGGUCUCCGGAUAUUAUUGCAGCAGUGGGAGAAGAGGUUGGUAUAGUGAUGUUGUUCAUGGGGAUGAGAGGGGCUGGUCUGACCUCCUAUAGUAGCGAUAACUCAAGUAAUUAUUCUUCCUGCGCCCUUCAAAGGAUGCUCACACUCAAGGGAUCUUUGAUGCAUGCUCUGUCAUGGCUAAAAACGUGAAUGAAUCAGGUAUUUGUGCCGUGGCUGACCUCAGAGAGAACUAUUACUUGGCUGGAAAUAUAUUUUUCCUGGGAGAAUGAAGGGGGUUUCCCCUUAAGAAUUGAACCAGGAUAAAAAGGCCUUGCAAACGACCAGGUAUGAGCUAUUUGACGCUAAAUGCAGCUAAAAGUCAAACAGAUAUUCCAUGGCUAAUCUAGUUGAACAAGCAAAAGAUAUACUCACCUCUGUCCUCCAAUAAAAUUUAUUUGAUGUUGCGAAACAAAAGUGAGAUGCUUGUCUUCAGGUUGUAUGAACCUGGGAUGAAUUUGCAGAAGCGCUGAACGAGAAGAUAUUGGUCUGGCUCCCUGGUGGAUUGUGAGAUAGUAAAAUACCUGAACCUCAGGCGUGUGGCAAAGUUAAUCAGUCAGGAAAAUGUGUUGCAGCGUAUGAACUUCCAUCUAAUGGCAAAAAGGUAUGGUCUCAUAACUUGAGAGGUCACACAUCAGGGUAACUUGUAAUUUGAUUUACUAAAUUUCAAGGGGGACACUUUAGUAUUUGUAAAAUAACUGAAUUUGGGCCUAACUUCACAAAUUCAGGUCUGAAGUUAGGCUCAUGUCUACAAUUAGGCUUUGGUGCAUUGGCAAGCCAACCAUUAAAUUCGAGAUUUUCAACUUCAGUCCUGCAGUUUUAAAGUUGAUUUUGAGGCAACUAAAUACUUCGUAAAUUCUUAGCUGUGUUUUAAAUAGCAGUUAUCUGUGCACAUGUCCCAGCACCAACUUAUUAGACUUACACCCAAAGACAACCCAAGGGGCUUUGUGAUAUUCUAUUUUAUGUUUAUUCACUUUAUUUUUUUAGUUUUGAUGUCCAGACUUGUAGUAUCUCUAGGUUCUUGCUUUUAGAGCUAGCUAUAUUAAAAUCAAACUCUGAUGUCAAUUUUUAGAAUUUAUUAAUGUCCAAUGCAGUUAACUAAGGUUAAUAAUUAUUAAUAGGUAAUCACACUGAAAGAUGCUAGAGCCACUUCGUAAAAGGUAGAAAAGUUGGAAGGCACAUAUUAAUUUUAUGACUUAGUUUUGUCAUUUUCUGUACUAAGUUAGCUCUAAUGGGCAAACACCAAGUUCUCUUUUGGAAUAAUUAAGUAAUUGUAUAAAAAAUUAUACUAGAUAGUAUCUUUUAACUUUAAAGUUCUUAUGAAACUUCAGGGUGGAGAUGAGUGCUUUUGGACUUUCUUGUUUGUAUCAUUCCCUAGGUAAUUUUGAUUGCCUUUUGGGGGAUCUUUCAACAACUUUGCCCACCAAUAAUUCAAUCUUUGGUUUCUCUUCACUUUUGUUAAAUUUAAAUGUAAUAGUUUCUCUGAUUCAUGUUUUGUCUUCUAAGUUUUUGUGUGCGUUCAUCUCUUAAGAAAGAUAUUUUCAACGAUUAUUUGCUUAUACUGUCAUCUGUGUUUAUCUUAUACGUCUCACUUAAUGAACACUCUACUAAUUGGAGCAGUAAGGAUGAGUUUGAGAGAAAGUAAUGCUCUAAUUUAUUUCUUUAAAACGUCAAAUAUUUGAAACAAAUUCAGUUUGUCAAAAUGAUUCAUGCUUAGAACUAGCUCAUGUCUUUGAGACUGUAGAACUCCAACAGUGAUUUGCAACUAGGGCAAUAGAAAAGGAAUAUCAUAUAUAGAGCCCACUGCCCAAUAAAUCAACUUUGAGAGGAUCCCAGAUCAGUACCUAUAAAAGACCCUUUAGAAAAAAGCAUGAUAUAAUUAAAAUAAAGUACUUAAGAUAAUAAAUAAUUAUUAUCACCUAGGGAAUUUUUGUCUACUUCUUAACAUGCCAACCUGUACAUAUUUACAAUACCACUCACUAAAUUCAUAUAAAUUGUCAAAACUUUUGCUCACCUUUAAUCAUAGCCCAUCUUAGAUCAAUCUCUCCUUUUUCAUCCUUUUUCUCUCCUCACUCAUUAUUGUUCAAAAAAAGAGAGAUAAAGAGCCUAUGUGCUAUUGAUUUCUUCAUCAUUAGCAAGAGAAAAAGGAAUUGAAUUAAACUGAAUUUUAGUUUUCUGAGAUAAUGGCCAGCACCUUUUGCUUUCUUGUUGUAGCAACACUCAUUAUGUGCAUAUUCAUUGCAAAAACACCUUUAGCAGUGUCACAGAAUGUGGAGAGGAAGUUGAUAUCAGCAACACCAGUAGAGUUUCUUGCAAAUCCUCCGGUGCCAGCGGCGUCUCCAUUCUCAGAGAUAUCACCAGAUAUUGCACCUCUCUUGCCUUCUUCUGGUGGUGUGGUGCCUCCAGUUUCUUCAAUGCCAACUAUUCCUUCGAAUCCGAGUAAAAAUCCAGAUGAUGUGAUGUACCCUAUUGGCCCUGAUUCUGCUGCUCUUGCACCUUCUGCUUUUUCACCUGUUUCCUCUGCUGUUUGUUGUGUUUGUCUUGCAACAUAUCUGAACAUUGCAGUACUGCUUCUAGUAAUCGGCUUAUUUUGUUCGAGUUAGACAUCUGGUAUUCAAAAUACACUGAUU